CAAACAGAGAUAAACAAGAUCAAAAGCUAGGGUUUCUCCAUCUCGGUAGAUCUUCAAAGCUAUGCCGAAGAACAAGGGAAAGGGAGGAAAGAACCGUAAAAGGGGUAAGAACGAAGCCGAUGAUGAGAAGCGAGAGUUGGUGUUCAAGGAAGAUGGUCAAGAGUAUGCUCAGGUGCUCCGUAUGCUCGGCAACGGCCGUUGUGAAGCCAUGUGCAUCGACGGCACCAAGCGUCUCAGCCAUAUCCGUGGUAAGAUGCACAAGAAGGUCUGGAUCGCCGCCGGUGACAUCAUCCUAGUCGGUCUACGUGAUUACCAGGAUGACAAGGCUGACGUCAUCCUCAAGUACAUGCCUGAUGAAGCUAGGCUGUUGAAGGCUUACGGGGAGUUGCCGGAGAAUAUUAGGCUUAAUGAAGGUAUCGCUGGUGGACUCGAUGAGGAGGAUGAUAACGCAGGUGAUGAUUAUAUUGAGUUCGAAGAUGAAGACAUCGACAAAAUCUAAGUCUUUGAACCGAGAUGUUUGGUUCGAUUUGGUUUAUCAACAAAAGAGAUUAAUCAAGUUCCAAGAAGAGGUAAAGAUUAGGGUUUGUACAACAUGAGCUCUUUGAAUGUGAUUUGCUUUAAUAUUUACGAAGUAUAACGAUCUUUCAUGUGUAAGCUUUUGAACUAAGGGGAUUUAUGCAUUGAUGGUUUACGAUAUUGAUGGUAUUGAUUACAAAUUCAAUAAUUGGUGGUUUGCUUUUCAAAGCAAUCUUUGUAUGGAUGAGAAAAUUCUUGAGUCAAGUACAGUGUGCAGUGUUCAAUUGGACCCGAUUUCAAAUUGUGGAAUUUAUAUGUUGAACCUAUUAUUUGUUCA